AUGGGGGUGCCACGGCUCCGCUCACCCGGCGUGCUAGCACUGCUGCUGCUCCACGCUAGCCUGGUGCACGGAGCUGCCGACGGUGCGGCCGUCACGUGCCCGACCCUGCCUGCCGACGAUGCCGCCAUCAGGCUGCUCCUUACGGCGGCGACGUACAACGAGAGCAAGACCCAGACCCUGGCCUUCAACGGCACCAAGUGGGGCCCCACGCUGCGCCUGAGCCUGGGCCAGCUGUACCAGAUAGACGUCACAAACGCAGACAUCGCUGGGGGCACCUCUGUGCACUGGCACGGCCAGCACGUGGCCAACGCCUCGUGGGCCGACGGCGCCCAGGGCCUGACGCAGGGCGCCAUCCCGCCCGGCGGCACCUUCAGCUACCGCUUCGCCGCCGGGCCCGCAGGCACACACUGGUACCACUCCCACACCCACGGCCAGUUUGGCGACGGCCUGCGGGGCGCCCUCAUCGUGUCAGGCCCAGCCGACCCCUCAGCCCAGCUGUACGACGCAGACGAGCACCUGCUGCUGCUGGCAGAUGUGUUUAGCACGCCGGUGGCGGCGCAGCUGGCGGCGCAGCGGCGCGGCGGCGCGGGCAUGGCUAUGUGCCCUGGCCUGGACGUGUCUGAUGCGCCCUGGUUUGCUGCAGAGGUGAAUGGUGAGUCGUUUGCCACCACCGGCAAGGCGGCAGUGCUGACGGUGCGGACCGGCAAGCGGUACCGCUUCCGCGCCGUCGGCGGCAUGUCCAGCUGGGCGGUGGCGGUGGCUGUGCAGCGGCACAACGUGACGUUGAUCGCCGUGGAUGGGCAGCCCGUGCAGCCCGCGCCCGCCGCCGCUCUGGUGCUCAACAGCGGCGAGCGCGCCGACUUUGUGCUGGCAGCGGACCAGCCGGUGGGCAACUACUGGAUCAACGUGACCACCCUGGAUGGCCACAACUCGCCAGCCAUCCUGCACUACGAAGGGGCGCCAGACCCAGCCGCCGACCCCGCGGUGUCUGCCGGCGCAUACGACGCGGAGCUGGGAUGCCUGGGCAGCAGCCUGUGGGGCUUCGAGCAGACGGCCGCGCUGCGGGCCGGGCCGGGCGUGCCGCCGCCGCCGCAGGAAAGCGACCGCCAGCUCACGCUCUUCCUUUCGUUCGGCGGCGCCUCCGCAGCCCCCGCCUCCUUUGCCCAGUCUGCCGCCCAGCCCGACAACCCGUACGGGCUGCCGGCCGCCGCCGCCGCCGCCGCCGCGCUUCCGGCAAACGGCUCGGGCUGCCCAGCCGGCAACGGCUCCUACUGCUGGAGCUUGAACUGGAACGUGUUUGCCAUGCCCCCCUCGCUGCCCAUCUACGCCGCCGCCGGCUCCGCGCCGGGCAACGGCGGCGACGCGUCCCAGGCGGGCCAGCCAGCCAGCUACAGCAUCGCGCUGCAGCAGGGUGAGGUGGUUGACCUGGCCAUGGUCAACACCGGCGGCAUGGUGCACCCCAUGCACCUGCACGGCGCCGCCUUCUGGGUGCUGGCCACCGGCCACGGCGACGUGCUGACGCCGGGCGGCGCGCUCAACGCCACCGCCGCCGCCCUCAACCUGCGCGACCCGCCGCUGCGGGACACGGCCCCCGUACCGCCCGCCCGCAUGGCGCCCACGAUGGCCGGCCGCGUCGCGGACGGCACGGGGGAUGGCGAUAUCGGCAGCAUGGGCGGCGAGCACGACAUGCACGGCAUGCAUGGCAUGGACACCUCAGCAUCGGAGGCAGGCACGGUCGCGGCCGCCGAGGGAGGCACGGACGCGUCCGCGGAAGGGGCAGCCACGGGCCACGAGGGUCACGACAUGGGCGGCGGCAUGGCCUCGGCGGCAGAGGCGAGCGGCUCGGGCCACGAGGGGCACGGCACGGGCGGCAGCGGCAUGGCAGGCGGCGCCGGCAUGGGCCACCAGCACGGCACGGUGGCCAGCCCCGACGCCCAGGGGUAUGCCGUGGUGCGCUUUGUGGCGGACAACCCGGGAGUGUGGGCCUUCCACUGCCACAUCGACCUGCACUCCGCCUCGGGCAUGAUGCUCUACUUUGUGGUGGAGCCGCAGCCGGCCCCAGCCAACAGCAGCGGCGGCGGAGGCAGCAGCGGCGGCUGGUAUGCGCCAGAGGGGCUGGAGUGCGGCGGCAGCCACCACGUGCACGCGGCGGCGACAUAG